AUGAAAAAUCAUCAAUAAUAAUUAACAUUAAUAGAAUCCCUGUAUUUCUAGAAAAAGAAAAAAUUAUUAAAGGAAUAAACCUCUAUAUAGAAGUUGAAUAAAGAAUUAUAGAAGAAGAAUAACAGCACAUUGUAAAAUAAAUAAGAGUUAGCAAAAUAGGGAGAGAAUUAUUAUAAUUUUUUAAUUGAGGAAAAAAAAAUAUAGAGAUAGCAACUACAGUCUUAGGGCUUGAUGUUUUCUGAUUAAAAUUUGGGGUUAUAUAUUGGGAAUGAAAAAUCUUCCAUUAAUAAUGGGGUCAUCAGUAGAAAGAGGAGAAAUAUCAGAAAUCUUGAUCCAAAUGUACUAUUGCAGAAGACAUAGAGUAAAAAUGAAAGUUCUAUUGAAAAUGAUAGCAUCAAUAAAAUUCAAAAAUUAAAGGAGAAAAUGAACUUAAUUAACGAAUCGCAACAAUUACUAUAGGAUACAGAUAUAAUGUCUACUUUGUAAAUUAAACCCAUUCAAAGCAAUUUAGUAAACUUAUACUCCCCCUUAAAAUUGCCUUUGAAGUAGAAGUCAUCAUCUCAAUAUUUGAAAAAGAGUGACGAAGGUUUGUUGCAAUCUCCAAUAGAUAGUUAUAUUUUGAAGAAAUUAGAGAAAAUAGCUGAAGGAACCAAAGAAUAGCAGCCUAUUUAAUAGUUUUCUCCUGAAAGAGCUUAAGGAAGAUAAAUAAAAAAAUUGUUACCAAUUCAAUCUCUAACAAGACAUAAAAAUUCCUUUUUUGGUGAAAUGGCUUAAUAAAGAAAUUCAGUUGACUUUCAAUCUGAAUAGUAUCGAGACAAUAAUUCUCUUAAUUACAAUAAAUAACAAUCUGAUUAAUAAUUGUCACACAUGUAUAACUAAUUAAAAUAAUUAAGUUCUAACAGAUACUAAAGUAUCAAAAGUAUUGAUAUAUUUUGA